AUGGAUUAUCACAGGAAACGAAUGAACGAGUAUCUCUGUCACGGUUACGUGGCAGAAGAAAUUGUCAAAGAGGUUAGCACGCCAAGAGUUAAAAGGAAACCCGAUUCUAUACCUUUGAAACCUAUUAUAACAGAUUUUGUGGAAACCGACAACGUGACCGUUCACGAUAAAAUGUUAUGGGACGAGGGUAGCUCGAAAUAUAAAAAUUGGCUUCAAAGGACGACAACUUUGGACGAUAUUUAUCGUCAUUAUUCGCCUCGUAAAGUGUUGACUAAAAAACAAGGAGUACAAUACGAUCAAGAUAUAGGGGAAUUUGAUGGUGAAGUUACUGGUUAUGCAAUGCAAGCACCAUUACCUUCCGGAAAAAUAGGAGUUUACGAACACCCAAAUGAGAACGAUCACGUGGCUGCUGCUUCGGGACACAAUUAUCAUCAUUAUGGUUACGGUGGUCAUGGCGAUAAUUAUGGUCACCACGGUGAAAUAUUUCCCGCAGUUCACGAGGAACAUUAUUAUCAUGUCCCGUAUCAUCCCGAGCAUCACGAAUACGAGGAGGAAUAUCAUCACAAACCAGUUUAUCAUUACAACAAGGAUAAGGGUCACGAGCUUUCGUUGAAAGAUUUCUUUGAAAUUGCAUUAACCGCAUUGGCAUUCUUGGCGUUUGGUUUAUUCGUCAUACAGUUAUUGAUGAACGCAACGCAAAAUAUGACGAUAAUUACAACAACGGCAUCUCCAAUUCGAUCAAACACUGAUGGGAGACGUUUUAAAAGAAACACCAUAGGAGGAUUUUCAAUGAAUUACUCGAGUAAUCAGGAAUUAAAUGAUUUAUCUUAUCACGUUUUGAGAUCACUCGAAGCUGCCAUGGUCGCCGACAUGGAUUCUGCCAAUUGUUUGCGCCGAAUUUUGUGCGAGGAUAAUCAAUAUUCAAAAGAUACCAACGAUGGUCGGAAAAUUUGGAUACCCGUUUGGAGUUUAGGAAUGAGUUGGAUCACAGGAAGAGUUACUAGAAAUUCACCAUGGUCGGCAAUGUUGGAAUCAGUAAAAGCAUCGAUUCUUGGCUUAGGUGGUGCAGAUUGCGCUACAAUUUACCCUAAUUGCGAUUUACGCAAAGAAAGAAUCAAAAGACGUCGUAGGAGAAGAAGAAAAUAG